AUGAUGAUUAACGAGCAGUUGAUCCUUGAGGAGGAUUAUGAUGAGAAUUAUCAACCCACAGAGGAUGAAAUUUUAGAGUAUGCUAGGUCAUUUGGCAUUGAUGCGGCUAAAGAGCAGAGCCUGUUAUGGAUCGCACGAGAAGGUAUUAAUGCUCCUCUGCCAGAGCAUUGGAAACCCUGUCAGGAUCCAAAUGGAGACAUCUACUACUUCAACUUUGCCACUGGUGACAGUAUAUGGGACCACCCUUGUGAUGAGUUCUACAGAAAGAUGGUACAAGAGGAGAGAAAAAAGGGUUCCAGUCUGGCUGGCAAGGCCAAGAAAGGGAAGAAUGGUGGUGGUAGAAAGGGCAAAGAUGACAAAGCAGAAGGAAAGGGUGUGGGUGGCCUGGGUGUGAGUGGUCUCUCUCCCCUCAGAGCAGAGCCUAGCCCGGGGGUGCCUGCCAUGCACAAGUCAGGCUUACAGACCAUGGGCUCCCUCAAGUCCUCCAGUGGACUGGCACCUCUCAGAGGUUCAGCAGGAGCAAGUCAGAUGCGUUCCAGUUUCAACUCCACCACAGGCUCGGUCAAGUCCAUGGCAAAUCCUCAGCAGAGCAUGAACAUGACCAGCAGUGUUAGCAUCCCUGUGUACUCUACAGACUACGAGCAAGAGGCUGUGAAAACAGAAGAUAGUCGGCCCCAUAUGAAUCUUGAGCAAGACUUACAGGAUGUGGCCAACCUUGGCUAUGAGGAAUCCGACCCACCAAGUGGCAAAGAGAGUGCAUCCGAAUCAGAUAGUGAAGACUAUGACAAAGAUGUGGAUUUUGGGAUAGAUAAAAACCUGUCUGAGAGAAUCAUGGACAUAGAAUUACUGGAACCCCAGCUGAGGGGUUCUCUGGAGAAAGAUGUGGAUGGAACACUAUCCAUGAAAUCUACAGCCAGGGGAGAUGACUCGCAGGCAGGCAAAUUAUCCCCCCUGAUUUUGGAACAGCGGGUCGAAGAUGAGCGCAAGAAAAAGGCUGAGUUAGCUGCUAUGGCUGCAGAAAGAAGAAGGAGUCAGGAUAAGACACAAGAAAAGGCAGAACAGGAAGAGCAUUUGAGAUCAGCCAAUGACCGUGCAUUACAAGAAAUGAAGGAGAAGUUAGAGGAGGAGUUGGAGAAGGCCAAGAAAGAAUUGUUAGAGGAUAAAGAAAUGAAGAUGAGGAGAUUAAAAGAAGAGAUGAUGAAGGCGCAAGAUGAUGAAGAGAAGAAGAUACUGCAGGACAAAGAGGAGAAGCUUAGGUCCCUAAGGGCUCAGGUGCGGGAGGACACGGAUGCCGAGUGUGAGCUCCUCACUCAGGGGAAGUCUGAUACACUACAGUCACUGAGAGAAGAGCUGGAGGCUGAGAAAGUGCAGAAGGAGGCCAGCAUCCGGAAAGAAAUGGACACGUCUCUUCAAAAGCUAAGGGAUGAGGUUAACUCCCUCCAGAAAGAAGAAAUCUCUCGUCUUAGUGAGGAAAAAAACAAAGCUCUCGCCAAGAUUCAGAAACAGGUAGAGGAAGCUGUGUGUGUAGAGAGGAGAAAACUGGAGGAAGAGCACAAAGCAGAGCUGGAGAGUCUGAAGCAGAAGUACAGGAUUGAGCAGGAAUCAUCACAGGAGGAGCUGGAAGCACUGCAUAGGAAACAGCUGAAUUCUCUACAGACAGACCUGUCACACAGGCAUGAGAAGGAGUUAGCAGCGCUACGGGAGGAAUUAGAGAAGAUUCAUCUUCAGAAUGAGUUGGCUCUGAAACAGGAAAUAGAGGCGGCUAGGAAUCAGCCGAGUGCUGUGAGCGUUCUAGACGAGGGACUGGAAGACGUCCUCAACGAGAGGCGGCAGGAGAUUAAAGAGGAACAGAGGAAGGAGCUGAGCCGGCUGAGAGAGGAGCAUGAGAGGCAGAUAGACAGACUGAAGCAGCAAUAUAUCGCCAAGGAAAAAAAAGAAAAGCUUUUAUUGGAAGAAAAGUUCAAGGCUGAAUGUAGGAAGAUUCAAGGGCAGCAUGAGAAAGAGCUUGAUGACUUGAAACGAACACUGCAGAGCAAGAAAGAAAGUGUUUUAGACCAGUAUGAGGAAGAUGAAGAAGAGUUGAGGGGGAAGUCUGCAGAACUGGAGAGAAGAAAAACUGAAGUAGAAAAGAGCAUUAAGCAAUUAGAGGAACAGGAGAGGAAACUUGGAGAGAGAAUAGACAACUUUCAUAAAGAAGAGGAGAAUUUUGACAAGGAACAGGAGGAAGGAUUUGGCUCUCACAGUGUGAACCUUAGCUCGAAAGAGCUGGAGAGGAUGAGAGAAGAAAGGAAGCAACUGAAGGAAGAACUUCGAACAGAGCAGUCUGUGUUAGACACGGUCAAGGCAGAGAAGAAAAGCCUGGAGAAGGAGGUGUUCAAACUCCGGUCUGAAAUGGAGCAGAAUAGCAGGAAACUCUCAGGCCUGCGUGGGAAGAUAGACCAGAAACAGCAGGAGUACAGUAGCAUUCAGCAGAAAAUAAUUCUGGCAUCUGACGAAACCCAGAAGCUGGCAGAGGAACAGUUACGUGGAGAAAAACUCUGUGUUGAGGACCUGGAGAAAACACCCACUCCCAUUCUCAGACCUACGUCUGCAGAGUUACCUAGUGAAUCAAUAGAUGGUGGGGACAUUAGCAGAGCUCCGUCUCAUAAAGUGACAACUCUACGUGGACAGGAAAUCUUUGGGAAAAGAUCUCGUCGCAAGGUUUCCUAUGACCUCAGUGAAGACACAACCACAUUUAGUGUGCCUAUUGUGCGUCACAUGGGAUCCUCAUACAGUGUCCUCCAAGCACACUUGUCCAGAGAGACUAACUCAAUCUCCUUGGCUAAGGAGUUUCUCCGUAAACAACGCAACUCCCUCAAGAGGAGACAGGCAGGUCUCCAGGCAGCUCGUGAUGAACUUGGCAAAGACAUCCUCAAACAACAACAAGGGACGCUGUCACCCUCUGCUGCAGAGCUCCUGAGCAAUGUACGAGACUCGUUAGAGCGGGAAGCAGUGGAACUUGACAAGAUGGCUGUCCAUAUGAAUGCUGGAAACCGGUUGGUCAGGGAAAAGGAAGUGAAGAUUCAACAGUUGAGGUCCCAGUUAGGGCAGGAGUCCGGCAGUGAGAGCGAGUCAGAGCUUGUCCCUUUUGAACACCCCCAUCAGCCAGUGCAGCUGCCAAGAUUUGACCUAAGUGAUGAUGAUGAGAGUAGUGGUGUCAGCAGUACAGACCUCAACAUAGACAACUUCCUCACAGGCCUUCCUGGAGAGUUGAAGUACCCCACUGACCCAGUGAUCACCAAACCCCGCUCACAGGGGAAGCUCACAGACACAGACCCCCUGGCAGAGUCCCUGCUGAAGAUUAACACAGAGUUGUCCCGAGUUCUGGGCAUGAUCAACACAAAGAAUGCAGUGGUCACACCCACCCAAGUCACUCCAGGCGAUGAUGGACCCUCAUUGAGCCUAGGGACAAGGUAUAAUGAUGCUCUGAUACCCCACCCACCGUACCAUGCCUCAUCCUCAGCCUACAGUGUGUGGAACCCCGCCAGAAAUCCUUACUUGUCUGGACCAGGUUAUCGGGUGAAUUUUGGCGGUUUGGUGCAGACUGCAGAAGAGUCUUUAGAAAAAAAAUGGAGGAAGUACUUUGGUGCUCAGAACCCUCCUCUCACAGAGUCUGUGGCUCAGCCAAAGUUGUCUGGAAUUCACUGGGGUCACACACCUGUCAGGGAUCAGCUGCGUCGGUUCCGGCUGAGUCUACAGACGAAGUCACGGCUAGGUUCUACACAAGACCGUCUCACAGAGCACAGGGAAUGGUUCAGAAAAUUUCAGCAAGAAGUCAGCUUUGGAGCUUCAUAUGCCAGGACAGAGAAAGGGGAGAGCACUGCAAUAAACCCCACAUUUAACCUGAACAGCCUUUCUCUGCGAAGUUUGGACAACCCGGAGCCAGUGUCUUCUUCAACACCAGCCCAGCCCCCAUCAGGAUUAGUACGUUUAGAGUUGGAUGAAAACAACGAGAUUCGUGUCCGACAGUAUUAAAGCUUUCCUGACAUUGUACCCUUCCUGAACUUGUACCCUUCCUUACAUUGUACCCUUCCUUACAUUGUACCCUUGCUUUUUAUCAUCUGUUCUAUCUGUAACAGGUCUAAAUUACCUGACAAAGUUUUAAUAAAACCUUACACAAAUACUUGUGCUGAUCACUUAGUUUUUUACACUUUGGUGGGUUUUUUUUUCCAUCCAACUCCAUUUGUCUUCUCUCCUCUGUGACCCAACCCUUUGUCUGUCUCCUCUCUUCUGUGACCCAACUCCCUAUGCACCUCUUCGCUUCUGUCAUGCAACUCCCUGUGUAUGUUCUCUUUUGUCACCCACUCACGUUUAUCUCCUCUUCUGUGACCCAACCCUUGUGUAUCCUUUCUUUUGUCUUCCAACCCCCUGUUUAUCACUUCUCUUCUGUGACCCAACCCUGUAUGCACAUCUUCGCUUCUGUCAUCCAGCUCCCUGUGUAUCUUCUCUUCUGUGACCCAACCCUUGUGUAUCUCCUUUCUUUUGUCUUCCAACCCCCCCGUUUAUCUCCUCUCUUCUGUCACAGUACCCUCUGUUUAUCUACUCUCUUCUGUCAUCCCCCGUUUAUCUCCUCUCUUCUGUCACCCUACCCCCAUUUAUCUCCUCUCUUCUGUCACCCUACCCCCUGUUUAUCUCCUCUCUUGUCAGCCCACCCCCCAUUUAUCUCCUCUCUUCUGUGAGCCUAACCCCUGUUUAUCUCCUCUCUUCUGUCAGCCUACCCCCUGUUUAUCUCCUCUCUUCUGUCAUCCUAUCCCCAUUUAUCUCCUCUCUUCUGUCACCCUACCCCCUGUUUAUCUCCUCUCUUCUGUCACCCUACCCCCCGUUUAUCUCCUCUCUUCUGUCAGCCCUACCCCCGUUUAUCUCCUCUCUUGUCAGCCUA